AUGGCAGAAACGCGGCAAGCCCCGGCAAUUCCAGAGGUUGCCGAGUCUAUCCUAGAACAGUACAGUACAGUACAGUACAGUACAGUACAGUACAGAGAUCGCUUCACCAGUGGCCGAUCCAACCACCUCUCCCGAAACCCCGGCCUGUCUGGCCGCCCAGCAGAUACAACACCAACUACGACCACGUGUCGUGAUAGAACAAGAUCCACAGCCUCUCCGGCCCGCCCCUACCGGAAACCGUGCCCCAACCGGAAAAACAGCUUUCCGGAAGUUCCCUCCGGCGGAAGUCCCGCCCCCCGCCCGAAUACUUACAAUAACUUGUUCCCUGAGGCGGGGGACGGUUUCGCUCAGGUGGUUCAGCGGGAUCGUAUGCACGCGCAAGGAUCGGCCGUAAGGGUGUCGGAAUCUAACGGCAGUCUCUCAUGGACGUGUUUGGCUGAGCUCGGGGAUACGUCACAGCUGACUGGUUCUAAAUCUUCUGGAUCCCAACCGCGCUUUUGUAAAAGGCAUUCCUGUAAAGGUUUGGAAAGUACUGUCCUUCGUGCAAAACUCAGUGCCCUGGAAGAGAGCACGAAAUUCCUACUAAAUAAGGACUGUCACCAAUUUUGGUCGUUACCAUUGGAUCGUGAACAUUUUGAAGUGGAUACUUCUCAAGAAAAUUUAUAAAGCAUGUCAGAAGCGGAUGACAUGAAUGUCAUGAAUCUUUCUCAAGACUUACCUUACUCAGAUUCUCCCUUCUGUAUGGAAACCAGGAGUGCUACUUAUGAUUUGCCUCAGAAUGAAGUGAAAAAUGUAAAAGUAGAAAGUGAUUCUCAAUUCACAUUUUCUGAAGAUAUUUAUAACACCCUGGAAGAUUUAAUAGGUGAUCUCAACAUUGAAAAAUACUCACAGAAUGUACUAAUCAUUGGUGCCAGUAUGACGUCCUUGAAGCAGUUUGAGUCCACUUGUCAAUUUCAUUGGACUGAAGCCUUUAAUGAUGAACUUACAACAUUUAAAAAACCUAUAGAAGAACUAUAUUAUACAGAAAAGCCAGAAUUACAAAGUCAAAUGUGUAAUUAUGAAAAAGAUUGCAAUAAAAGUAAAGAUUUGUUUAAGGGACAAAAUCCAGUGGAAAUUAGUCCACCUCUGACCUACUGCUGUGAAGAGAAACUGAGCAUCAUGGAAAAGCCACUGGCUAAAAAUGCUGCCAAAGAAGCUGCUGCCCUCAGUCCUACUCAUCCUCAGAGCUACUUGUAUAGGGAGUGUGUUGAAUACAGUGAUGCUGAGGAAUCAUUUAAUAAAGAGACUAGCUGUAAUCUGCUUGAUCAUAACUUUAACUGUGAAGUGGAGAGUGCUGUUUCACCAAAUGAUAUGCAGAAUUCUGAGGUGCCAGUUAACUACCCAGAAGCAGUCAGAGUUGGAACCAUAGAGAGUCGGGACAUCUUCUCAACUUGGUCCCCUGCAGAUUUAUGCAGCAGUGGAGGAUCACAAGAGAACAGCAAGACCUCUAACACAGAAACAAGCUUUGAUAAUGUACAAUCUCUGGAGGAAGAUACGGCUUUAAGUGAAGUUUUACAGAAAUUAAAACAUACCAACAAAAUGCAGCAAACUCAAAUCCAGGAUCUGCAGUGUGGUAACAGGCACUUAGAGAAGAAGGUUGAAGAAUUACAGAUGAAGAUUACUGCACAGCAGGUGCUAGUUGAAGACAUUAACAAACUGAAAGAGAAUAUAGAACAGUUGAUUGAAGAUAAAUACAAAGUAAUUCUAGAGAAGAAUGAUGCUGACAGAACAUUGACAAGUGUGCAGGAAGUUUUAUCUAAUACCCAAAAACAUCUUCAGGAAUCCAGAAAUGAAAAGAAAACCUUGCAGCUAGAGCUUAAGAAGAUCAAGGUCAAUUGUGUGAAUCUACAUGAAAAGUACCUAACAGAAGUGCAGCAAAAAAAUAUUUCUGUAAGUCAGUGCAUUGAAAUGGACAAAAUUUUAAGCAAGAAAAAAGAAGAGAUAAAGAGGCUGCAGCAACUCAAAGAAGAAUUAGAAAAGGCCACCGCUUCUGCUCUAGACCUGUUGAAAAGGGAAAAAGAGACCCGAGAACAAGAGUUCCUGUCUUUACAGAAGGAAUUCCAGAUACAUGAGAAGCAAAAUUGGCAAGAGAGACAAAAGCUGAAAUCUAGUCUUGAGAAACUAGUAGUGCAAGUUAAAAAUUUGCAAUUCAUCUCUGAAAAUGAAAGAGCUAAGAAUGUGAAACUUCAACAGCAGAUCAAUGAACUAAAAAGGGAAAAUGCAAAACUUCAGCAGCAGGUUAUAAGGAGUGAGCAGCAAGAGCAUGUCCCUAAAGUUGGGAUAGUGGAGUUAAAGGAACAAUUGGAAGAAGUUAUGGAGUCAGAUACUACAAAGGGUGCAAAGAUAAGGCCUUCUAAUUUAGGCCUGAAUUGCUUACCACAUGGAGAAGUGAGCCUAAGUCAUCCGCAUGAGAAAAGAGCUCAACUGACCUCCAAAAUUCACAGUUUGCUGACUCUAAUGGCAGGAUUUUUCACAUGCAAGGAUCCCACCAGUCUUGAUGCUGAACAUUUCAAAGAGAGUGAAAAAGUCAAUGAUAUAAUUAUACAAAAGCUGAAGUACUUCUAUCUUAAAAAGAAGGAAUUAGAUAAACAGCUAAUGAAACAUAAAGCCAGAAUCUCAACCAUUAGAGCAUUAAUUGCUAAUGAAAAAGCAUUUCAAGAUCAGGUUAUUGAGUCCACAGACUUUGAUACAAAUGAAGCCAAGAAUUUCAAUGAUGUAACUGCCCUGUUGGGAACCAAACUGUCUAAGUAUCACAGUCUAAAUGAGGAGCUUGAUUUCUUGAUUACAAAACUGGGAAAUCUUCUAGAGUCAAAAGAAGACCACUGCAACAGACUCAUUGAAGAAAAUGACACGUACCAAAGACAUUUAGGCAACUUAAUAAAUAAGGUUACAUCAUAUGAAGAAAUUAUUGAAUGUGCUGACCAGAGGCUUGAAAUAUCCCACUCACAGAUUGCACAUUUGGAAGAGAGAAACAAACGUUUAGAAGAUUUAAUUGGGAAACCCAAAGAAAAAAUAAGUAACCCCACAGGGCUUAUUGAACUAAUUAAGUCCCUCGUGUUCUCUCACCAACCCACCUGGGAUGAUUGCCAGCAACUUCCCCAGGUCCUCUUCACUACUGAGGAGCGAGAGAGAAUUCAGACGGAAGCCAGGAAAAACGUCCGAGAUGCUGCAGGACAACCAGUCCAGACUCCUGUGGCCAUGGAUGCGGGAUUUCCUCUUGUUCGCCCCAACUGGGAUUAUAACACUGCUGAAGCGUGCCCAGCCCCACUCUUAGGAAGAGAUCUCCUAACUAAACUGAAAGCCCAAAUUCAGUUCACUCCAAGGGGGCCUGAAGUUACCUGGGAUAGCAACAAGCCUAGCACUCUAGCCCUAGUAGUUCAACUAGAAGAAGAAUAUAGGCUCCAUGAAACAGAAACAGAGGCUAAAGGUUUGGACCUCGUAGAUUAG